UGUUUCCUUUGCGGUUUAUUCCACUGUGGGGAGGCAGGCGAGGACAGUCCGUCUGACGCAGGUCGCUUCUCUCCGCUCAGUCCGCAAGGAGUCUUCAACGUUUCGCCUGCAAACAUGUCGAAAGAUGUCCCGCGUGAGCCGGAGCAGCUCCGCAAGCUGUUCAUCGGAGGUCUGAGCUUCGAGACCACAGACGAAAGCCUGCGGGGUCAUUUCGAGCAAUGGGGCAGCCUCACAGACUGCGUGGUGAUGAGGGAUCCCAACACGAAGAGAUCCAGAGGCUUUGGCUUUGUGACGUACUCGUCGGUCGAUGAAGUCGACGCCGCCAUGUCCGCUCGCCCCCACAAGGUCGACGGAAGAGUUGUCGAGCCCAAGCGAGCCGUGUCCAGGGAGGACUCGAACCGGCCGGGUGCCCACGUCACCGUGAAGAAGAUCUUUGUUGGGGGCAUCAAGGAAGACACGGAGGAGUCCCACCUGCGCGACUACUUCACGCAGUUUGGCAAGAUCGAGGUCAUCGACAUCAUGACCGAUCGCGGCUCCGGGAAGAAGAGGGGCUUUGCCUUCGUGACCUUCGACGACCACGAUUCGGUCGAUAGGAUCGUCAUCCAGAAGUACCACACAAUCAACUCUCACAACUGCGAGGUGAGGAAGGCGCUUUCAAGGCAGGAAAUGCAGACUACAGGCAUGGGGGGAAUGUCGGGCCGCAGCAGUGGAGGUGGAAGGCCCUACGACUAUGACCGAGGCUUCAACCAGGGCGGCAGGGGAAGAUACGGAGACGGUCCGUACAAUUGCAAUGGAGGAGAUGGUGGUAAUGGCGGCGGCGGCUAUGGAGGUGGUCCUGGUGGAUACAACAACGGUGGCAACCGAGGAUAUAACCAAGGGUACAACCAGGGUGGUGGAGGCGGCGGCUAUGGAGGUGGAGGAAAUGGCUAUGACAGCAAUGGCUAUGGUAACUGCGGUGGGGGAGGCAGCAGCGGUGGCGGAAAUAACUACAACAACAUGGGCCACUACGACUCCCAGGCCUCCAAUUUUGGCCCGAUGAAGAACAACUUUGGCGGCGGCGGCGGAGUUGGCAGGAACUUUGGUGGUGGUGGAGGAGGCGGCGGCGGCUAUGGAGGUGGCUCAAACAAUGGCGGAUAUGGCCGUUCAGGACGUUUUUAAAAUGUGACGUGGGCUGAGUACUUAGGAGAGGAGAGCGAGGAGAGCAAGCGAAUUGACAGGGCAGCUGCAGGUUUACCUCCUAAAUCUGCUCAGCCAAACAGUUGUGGCAGGUUACGGCUGCUGCAAGAAGAGAUGUACAGUAGAUAAAUCAUGGAGGGUCUUCAUUUAAACGUUUUGUGCUUCUUGUUUUGUUUUUUUCAUCAAAUGUUUUUUUUGGGAAAGCAAGCAUUCCAAUGAGGUUUUGUGUAGAUUGUUUUUCUGCAAAGUCUGGUUUUUAUUUGUAUCUGCAUCGAAUCAAGCUGAAAUAAACACACUUUCAGUUUUUUUU